CAAAGUUUGGCGGUUCACGCUGAUCGUCCUUCCGUGAGAUUUCACAAAAAUAUUGGUUCUAAUAUAUUUACCAGUAUAUGAGGAAGAUUGGAAUUAAGAUGGGCAUUUAAAGUGAUUCACCAAGAUGGCAGAUGAUGUAUCUGGGAACAGCCAAAAUACUGCCCUGAGAGACAAGUUUGUCUCAGUGGUUGGUCCUGUGUUUGAAGGUGGUGAGGAAGCAAAUAUACUUACACUUUUGACUUCUUUAGCAAAUGUCUGUAGACAUGAUGAAGGCUUGGUUGUUACAGCCCCUGUUAACAUCACCAAUGUUAAUGAAGCUAAUGGCCACAAAAGCUCAAAAGCCUUGGAAUGUGAUAAGACUUCAGAAUUUACCUGCUGGCUGAUAGCAGAACUAGUAACAGUGGAAGGGUCAGAAACUGUAAACAAGGCAAAUGUAAACCUGCAAGUGACCAUCAUGCGUAUUUUAGCAACUCGCAGUCCUCUAUUGUUUUCUGGAGUGAUGGCCGAUUACAUCAACAUUGGAUUAGAGGGAAAAGAAGUUCUCUUUGAGGGGGGCACUGUUGUUUGCCAGUGCUUUUCUUCGGUGAUCAGAAGGAAUGAUGCCCAUCCAGUUCCCAAAACCAUCACCUUUGUGGAUGACUCAAAACUGGAUCGUAUUCUCACAACAAUUAUCAUGGUUCUUAGCCAGCUGGGAUCCUUUAUAGACCAAUAUUGCUGGCAGAUGAUGGAUCGAGUGUGGCUACUCAUCUGCUCAUGUUUGGAAGGUGGAGAUGAGAAACUGAAGGUUGCUGCUCUUGGUGCAGUCACAGUUCUUAUAGACAGCUGUAGUGUCCCAAAAAGUAAUGAGAGACUAGACUACUUGAUGCAGUGUGUUGGUGCCUUAUUGUCUGGGGUGUUGGAUGAGAGUGGAUCUGGGGAGAACACAGGGAAAAUCAUUAAGGAUUUGCCUGGCACACAUCAGCAAAAUGUUCAGAAGGAAGCAGACAAUAUACUCCCUGAACAUUUAGCUAAAGUGAUACAUGUCUUACUUCAGCAUAUUCCCUUUUUCUUACCAAUAUUUCAAGAGGAAAUGCUACAGAAAACUUCAAUUUGUCUUCAGAAAGCAGAAGGACUUAAAAAAAUACCAGAAACUCUAAGAGCAGAACUUUUGAAGUGUCACUGUGUACUGCUUGAUGCUUUGACAUCAUCACCAUGUGUUCAGGAUGCUCAGGAGGCCAUGUAUUUAUGUGCUGAAGAAAAUAUAAUGCUAAAAGAGGUUUCAAAGUUUAUCCUGAAGAGGAUAGUGGUUAGAGAUUUGCUGGAGGCAUUGCCAAGCCAUGCUAUUCAAAGCCAACAACAGGAGAUAUCGCGCAGCCAGUCUCGAAAAAGGCGUUUGUCUGAGACUGAGAGUGCGCAGCCAACUAUAAGUGUAGUGACCAUAAGCAAGCUAUGGAAGCAAGCCUUACAGACAAUGGGCAAUGUAUUGUCAGACUGGACAGAUGGUACAAGUGCACUAGACCUAGACCAUGUAAAGGCACUGGGAGAGAUCAUCUGUACUGCAGGCCGUGUCAUUACCAACAUCCCAAAUGCCCAGGUCACACUACAAUUUUUCCCUGACUCCUGGGUAACUGUGGCUGCAGAUUCCCUAGCUACAAUCAUGGCUGAGGCAGACAAUGUAAACAUUGUCUUGUGUUUGAUGGAAACGGUUGCGUACAUGACAUGGACUGGGAGUGUUGCUGAGUCGUCAAACACAAAGCCUCAGAAUAACCACAUGUGGCUGGCCCUUGCAACGCUCCCUUGGAUGGCCUCGGAAGUCAGCUUGUUGGAUCUGAAGCCUCCAAAUGCAAAACAGUAUACAUCUUGGGCAUCCAGACUGAAAUGGGGAAAUAAUUCCAGAGUGAAAGCUAUUAGUAUUUCAAUUAUUGCUAUAAUGCCAGAGAACAUUGCCCCCAAAUGGCGAUGCCACAUAAUGCGAGCAGCAAUCAAUGAAAGAGAUUCAGUUGUGAUGCAUGAAGUUGCAAAAUGGUUCCCUGUGAUGGUGCAUCAGUUAGGGGGUGCUGGAGGCCAACAAUUAGUGGGUGAAGUUGUAGGUGCGGUUUUACAUUUCCCUGAUAACAAGACUAUACAAGCUGGAGCUGCAUCAUUGACUCACCUUUUGUGUUCUCUUCUAAAUCAUACAACAGUGAAAUGUCCACAGUCAGAGGAUGAUACGUAUGGCCCAAACAUCCUUGUCUGCAGAGUAUGUAAGAAUGCAAAUUCAACUAACAUCCUAGACGCACAGCAUGUUGAUCCAACGCUAGUGUCUCGUUUCCUAGGAUUGCUAACCCACUCAGACACUAAAGUCUUAGUGUCGAUUGUUGACGCUCUCCCAGCUGUUAUCAGCCAUACAAAGCUGAACCCUCAGAUGAUCAAUCAGUAUAUCUCUCUGCUAGAUCACCAGGAUAAGCAGGUUGUCUCUGCCAUGUGUAGACAACUCUCAGAACUUGUUUGUCAAGGCGUACAAAGUGAUUCAAGCCAGGAUUUAAAGUCUGCUGUGGUGUCCAAAGAAGGAGAGCUGGUUCUUUCUUAUUUGAAUGAGCUCUUCAAGACAGCUGAAAGGAAGAAAUCAUCAAGCAAGACUUAUCUAGCUGUACUAGAAGCACUGCAUUAUCUUGUCAGGUGUCCUUUAGGUGGAUUAACAGGUGGGGUGCUUGUGCUACUCUUACGGUGCUUAGCAAUAAGCGAUCGGCUCGUCACUGCACAGGCUCAUCUCAUUAUCCACUCUCUGGCUAAUACUCUUGGACUACCAUUGAAGGACCUCUAUAUCAGACACCGCCAGUCUCUUGCUCAGGUAUUGUCAGAAAUAGUCAAACCUGGAGAAGUGGGAGCAAUGCUGAGCCAUGUUGCAGAAGUUUUUGAAUGGAAUACUUCCUCUACAGGAAGUACCAGAAAGCAAGGCAAAAGCAAUGUAGGACAGUUCAUAAUUAGUCAGAUACGCCAUUUACUACCAGCAUUAGCUGUGCGUGCAACACAGGAGGCCAAGCCAGGGCUACUGCAAGAGUUAGCAGGCUGUCUCUCUCUUCGCUUGCGGGACAUUCUCAUUGAUCAUUUCCAGCAUAUUUUGGCAUACUUAGUAUUCCACUAUCCUCAAGAAGAGCAGGAGGCUGUAUUAGACUUCAUAGCCUCCACUACAGAUAUCCACAUUCAGAAUAUUAGAAGAUGCUCUGUGCAGAACCAGGUCAAUGAACUGAUCCUUGGUUUACAUGACCACCGUGAUGCUGUUUUGAGAGAAUUUUCCCGUAUGCGAGCCAUUGAGCAAAACAGUGAUCAUAACACUUCAAGUAGACUUACAAGAAAGAACACGAUGGAAAGCAAGUUCUCUCAUGAUCCUGCAACUUCAAGAGAUAUUGCUGAGUAUCUAGCACCUCGACUCCUAGGAAUUUUAGGAUUCCUUGACAGCAAGCUGGUGUCAUCUUCCACUAUGUACAAGGAAAAGCGAUGUGCUCUGUGGUCACUGAGUGAUCUUCUCGUAGUUAUGGGAAGACAGUAUAUAUCUCCAGUGUCAAGGAAGAUCUUAGCAUCCUUGAAGACAGCACUCAAACUCAGGGAUGAUGAAUUCUUUGAUAUUGGUUGCAGUGCAUGGACAAACUUCCUGUACAACCUUGAUGAGAGCACCUUGGAGGGUUUAUUGGAGGAAGUAGCUGUUGUGGUUAAACCUUUGGUCAAGGAACGACCUCAGCAGAUGGCACCAGUUUUGACAAGUGUCUUGGUUGAAAUGCCAUCUAUUAGGCCCCUUCUAGGAAAUUUACCUCUCCUUCCUGAAGACCCAGCCCUUACACAAGUCAAUCAAGCCAUCUUAGAGCGACAGACAAGAGUGAUGGGAGGUAGUAGAGAAGAGGUAGUAAGUGCCUUGUCACCUGUACUGCGUGGUCUUAGUCAUGAGAGCCUGGAUGUGCGCCUCCAUGCUUUGAGUCGUCUACGUUACAUUCUUCGCCAUAAUCAGGAGGCUGUCCACCAUCUCACAACUGAUGCAGACACUGUGCAUCCAACCAUUUCAGAACUCUUCAGCAUUCUUUUAGGUCAGUGCCGUGAAGUGGAAGAGGAGGUGCAAGUGGCUGUGGCAGAUUGUCUUGGUCUCUUGGGUGCCAUUGACCCAAUGCGCCUCUAUACACAUUCCAACAUUAAAGAGGAAUUGAGCAAAAUACAUCUGAAUAUUGAAGAAGAACUUUUCAUAGUGGAAUUGGUAACAGAAUUAGGAAGAGCCUUCUUAGCUGCUACAGAUGCCAAUACCCAAACAUGUGCAUCGUAUGCCAUGCAAGAAGUAACAAAAGUUUAUGGCAUCCGAGAAAGAGGCUCAGAAGGGGCAACACAAGUUGGUUCUGGGGCUUGGGACCGAUUGCCAUAUCACAUGCAGGAGAUUAUUUUUCCUCUGAUGACCUCAAAGUACACUGUGGCCAACAGCAACAGUCGAUCAACCUCUGGCCGUCCCUCACCUAUAUAUGGAAGUUCUCGGGCACAAACUUUCCAUCAAUGGCUUACAAAUUGGACAUGUUCUCUAAUAGACUUGCUCAAAGGGGAAAGAGCUUUCCAGGUAUUUAGUGCCUGCAAACCAAUCCUGCGUAGAGACACAACAACAGCUAUGUAUCUGUUACAACCAGUGCUGGUAUGUGCAUUAAGAGAGUCUGAACAACACCAUGAGACAAUUCUCAAGGAGGUUUUAGCUGUAAUGAAACACAUAGAUGAAAAACCAGUGGCAGAGCAGCCUUCUACAAUCUCACUGGAAUUACAGCAUCUAGCAGUUCAAACAUUGUUUACUGCUUUAGACUAUGUAAGUAAAUGGAUACAGAAACAGAGGCAGAUUGAAAAUGCAUCAAAGAAAGGACGUGGAGCUUUUAAACCUUCCAUGGAGCUACAGCAGGUGACAAGUUUUCUUGAGAAGAUUCCAGCAAAUUUGCUUGCACAGACAUCUUUCAAGUGCCAAGCCUACCACCGAGCCCUGCUUCAUAUUGAAGCCUUUUUGAAAGAUAAUCCAAAUCAGCUGAAGGAGCAUCUUGGUUUUAUGCAACGCAUAUAUGUGUCCUUGGAUGAACCAGAUGGUGUUGCUGGUGUAGCAGCUAUCCGUCAGGAGGAUCCAUCUUUGGAUGAACAAGUUAUUCAGCAUGUUGCAACAGGUCGCUUACAAGAUGCUUUAGGAUGCUAUGAGCACCUUUGUGUUAGGCAGGGAUCAGAAGAAGUAUACAAGGGCCUUCUGGAUUGUUACCUGAGUUUGGAUCAACCUCACUCAGUCCUUAACAUAACACAUGGGCUUCUUUCUAACAAGCCAGAGCUGGAGGCAUCACUGAAUGAAUACCGUGUUGAGGCAGCAUGGAGACUUGGCAAAUGGGACUGUCUAGAAAAAUACCUUGAAACUUAUCCUAACCAGUACUCAUGGGGUUCAGGUGUAGGCCAGGUCCUUCUUGCAGUUCGUGCUCGUGACUCUGUAGCAUACCAGUCAAGUCUGCGUCGCUUGAGGACACAGCAGAUUGCUCCCCUGUCUGCUGCCAGUAUGGAGAAGUGGGCAUAUCAAAGAGCAUAUCCAAACAUACUAAGACUACACAUUCUUACUGAGCUGGAGGAAAUGGUAUCUGGAUUACUUCAGUUUAACCAGCCCACUGAUACAAAAAUCAGAUUUUCAAGUCCAGAGCUCAAGAUGAACUUUGAUCACCAGCAGCAGCCCCUAAACCUUCAGGAACUUGUUGAAAGAUGGGACAAGCGCUUGAGCCUUGUUCAGACAUCCCACCGUUACCUUGAGCCUAUCCUAAGUUUUCGAAGAACCUUACUAGAACUUGGCCGAGAGUGGACUCUAAAGAGUGAUUCAUCUUUGAGUUCAUCUUUAGUCACCCGGCUGGAGAGUACGUGGCUUCAUAGUGCCAAAGUUGCACGAAAGGCAGGGCACACACAGCAAGGAGAAUGGGCUCUCCUUGGAGCGGGUUCAGGAAGAGAUGUUUUUAUUGAACGAGCAAAGUGGCACUGGGUGAAGGGUGAGCAGCAUCAAGCUGUGACGACUCUAAACCGUGGGAUGGAAAAGUUCUUCUCCUCAAGUGAUGAUUACAGAGGAGAUACUGGCAAGGAGACACAAGAAGAGCGAAUUGCCUAUGGUCGUGCCAAGUUGCUCCUUGCAAGAUACUCUGAAGAAUCAGCCACACAGGAAGUCAACACUAUAAAACAGUAUUACCGAGAUGCAUGUGAGAUGAACAAACAGUGGGAAGAUGGACAUUUCCAUCUUGCUAUGUAUUAUGACCGUAUUUUAAGUUCACUGGAUGUCAAGGAGAAACCUGUGGAGUGGAUUCAUCACAUAGUCUUAAGUUUUGGAAAAUCACUCCAAUAUGGCUGCCGUCACAUCUAUCAGUCAAUGCCAAGAAUGCUGGGAUUGUGGCUAGAGUUUGGAACAAGAGUCAGUGAAUUAGAGGCUAAAGAAGAAAAGUCUAGGGUUAGCAGGAAAAACAGCACCCUGGACAGCCACAGGGAAAAACUGGCAAACCUCAAUGGUGCUGUUGGAAGCUUGGUAGAUCGACUACCACAUUAUAUGUUUAUGACAGCACUACCACAACUAAUUUCCAGAAUCUGCCACUCCAAUAAUGAAGUGUUUGUUCAACUGUGUAAGAUCAUUGCUACAAUGCUUAGCAGUUACCCACAACAAGCCAUGUGGCAUAUGAUAGCUGUGUCUAAGUCUUCAUAUCCAAUGAGAGUUUCAAGAUGUAUCGAGAUAUUUGAGACUGCCAAGAGAAAGAAUCCAAACCUUCACAAAUUUAUUGCUGAUGCCACCAAACUGGCAGAUAAAUUUCUUGAACUCUCAAAUAAGCAUGUAGAAAAGGGGGUACCCCAAGUAAGCCUGAACAACUUAUUACGAGGACUUCCAAGACUGCUCUCAGAUUCAUCUUUCUCAAGCAUUAUCCUGCCCCUUCAGCAACAGAUGACUGUAACAACUCCUGUGUCUUCAGAUGCUCUUCAUUCUCACAACCCAUUUUCCAGAGCUGAAGUAUUCUUAGCAAGUAUUGAAGAUCAAGUGGAAAUUAUGCAAUCCCUGCAGUUGCCAAAGAAAAUAACAUUGCGAGGUUCAGAUGGCAAUAAAUACAUCAUGAUGUGCAAACCAAAGGAUGACUUGAGGAAAGAUUGUCGACUCAUGGAAUUUAAUGCAUUUGUCAACCGCUGCCUUGUGCAAGAUCCAGAGUCAAGAAGAAGGGAUUUGCACAUUAGAACAUAUGCAGUAGUGCCUCUGAAUGAAGAAUGUGGCUUGAUUGAGUGGAUUCAGAACCUCAACGGCUUGAGACAGAUCCUCCACCGCAUCUACAGAGACACUGGGAUAUACAUGACUGGUCAGGAAUUGAAGCAGAAUAUGUGCAAAAUUGACACACCCUUAGCAACAAAACGUGACAUCUUCAAGAACAAACUAGUUCCUAGACAUCCUCCUGUAUUUGGUGAAUGGUUCCUCCGAAAUUUCCCAGAUCCACAAGUAUGGUUAAGAGCAAGACUGAGUUAUUGCCGCACAACAGCUGUCAUGUCCAUGGUGGGCUAUAUUCUUGGUCUUGGCGAUAGACAUGGUGAAAACAUUUUAUUUGAUUCCUCAAAUGGUGACACAGUACAUGUGGAUUUCAACUGCCUUUUCAACAAGGGAGAAACAUUUGACUGGCCUGAGCGAGUUCCAUUCCGUCUCACCCACAACAUGGUUAGUGCUAUGGGCCCUACAGGAUAUGAAGGCAUCUUUCGGAAAACUUGUGAGGUUACAAUGCGGGUGAUGAGAGAUGAGCGUGAUGCCCUCAUGUCUAUACUUCGUCCUUUCAUCCAUGAUCCUUUAGUGGAGUGGUCACGAGGAGAUAAAAGUGCCAAGAACACAGGUGAAAUCAACAAUGAAAAGGCACAGAUGCAUGUCAGCAACAUAGAACAUCGUCUUAGUGGACAGAUUCGUACAAAGGGGCGAGGUCUCAAUCUUCCCCUGUCUGUUGAGGGGCAGGUUAACUCCCUUAUUGAAGAAGCUACAAAUGUAGAUAAUCUUUGCCAGAUGUAUAUUGGAUGGGCAGCUUACAUGUGAUAUUUAACUGGAGAAUAUCUGGUUGCCUUAUGCCAGUUGAAAUUUAUAUAAAAAUGUAAAUUUCCUUUGUAUGGAAAAUAAUUUUGUAUUUCUAUA